AUGAAUUUCGAAUAUAUCGGAAUUUGGAAUAAGAAACAGGACACAGAAGAACCGGUAUACAAGGAGCACACCAUUUCUUAUCGCCCACUCUUGGCCUCAAGUACCCUCCACAACCAAUCACCAGCCAGAUCCCCAGAAUGCGUUGCACUGUUCGAAGUUUACGAAUGCAACACACGUACGGGAGUGUUCAGCACGUCCGAUAGGCUACUGCGGUGGCGUUCAUGUGUUGUGAGUACAAAUCGUGCGUAA